GGUGGCCCCCGCGGCGCGCUCCCUUGCAGGUUCCACGAGCGCCCCGCGGCUCCAGGCGGCCGGACUCCUGGGCACCAUGGAGUGGGUGUGGGCGCUCGUGUUGCUGGCGGUGCUGGGCAGCGGCCGGGCGGCCACACGCGACUGCCGCGUGAGCAGAUUCCGAGUCAAGGAGAACUUCGACAAGGCCCGAUUUGCAGGGACCUGGUAUGCCAUGGCCAAGAAGGACCCCGAGGGCCUCUUUCUGCAGGACAACAUUGUGGCAGAGUUCUCCGUGGAUGAGAAUGGCCAGAUGAGCGCCAAGGCCAAGGGCCGAGUCCGCCUGCUGAAUAACUGGGACGUAUGUGCAGACAUGGUGGGCACCUUCACUGACACGGAGGACCCUGCCAAGUUCAAGAUGAAAUACUGGGGCGUUGCCUCCUUUCUCCAGAAAGGACACGAUGACCACUGGAUCAUCGACACGGAUUAUGACACCUAUGCUGUGCAGUACUCCUGCCGACUCCUCAACCUUGAUGGCACCUGCGCUGAUAGCUACUCCUUCGUGUUUGCCCGGAACCCCAAUGGCCUGACCCCUGAUGUGCAGCGAAUCGUGAGGCGGAGGCAGGAGGAGCUGUGCCUGGCCAGGCAGUACAGGCUGAUUGUUCACAACGGUGAGUGGUGGGCAGAACCUCCAGCUCCCCCAGCUUGGGCAGGGAGUUUGGAACUACAAGAAAGAGGAAAUAGGGAGUCUGAUCUGAGAAGCCUCCUGGAAGCCCAAGUCUUGGUCUUCACUACAUGUAUCAUGGAGCCAGGCAGGAAAGAACAAGGGUCUUUCUUCCAUCUGUGGUACCCAUUUUGA